CUCAUUUUCAAUUCAACCCCCUCUGUCUCUCUCUCUCUAGAAAUUAAGAGCCCUCAGGCACCAUUUUCUCUGCACCUGUGUCCCUUGAGCAGGAAGGAAGGCAUGGGUAGAGCUCCCUGCUGUGAUAAAGCCAACGUGAAGAAAGGGCCAUGGUCUCCUGAGGAAGACGCCAAGCUCAAAGCCUUUAUAGAGCAGCAUGGCACAGGAGGCAACUGGAUCGCCCUCCCUCAAAAGAUAGGCCUCAAGAGAUGCGGAAAAAGUUGCAGGCUCAGAUGGUUGAAUUACCUCAGACCCAAUAUAAAACAUGGCGGUUUUUCUGAAGAGGAAGAUGACAUCAUCUGCAGCCUCUACAUAAGCAUAGGAAGCAGGUGGUCUAUAAUAGCAGCUCAAUUGCCAGGACGAACUGAUAAUGAUAUAAAGAACUAUUGGAACACAAGACUGAAGAAGAAGCUUUUAGGUAAGAGAAAGGAACAACAACAACAAGCUCGAAGACUCUCAGCAAUGGCUGAAACCAACCCACAGGCUCAAAGAGUGACCAGAGAAAGCGUCUCGACAUUCCUGUCUUCUUCGACAAACAUAAGCACCCCUUAUUCUCUCUCUAGCCUUCCAGGAACUGAUUCUCUCUCUACCAUUACAAAACCAGGGAGCCAUAUGUCCAUAAAUUAUAUUGCACAAGGAGAUGCAUCAUUCAAUGAUCAUGCUUCUAUCCGAAAACUACUGAUAAAGCUUGGAGGAAAAUUCUCAGAUGACAUAUAUCAGAGCCCCACCAUCGAUGCACCAACACCCAAUUUGAGUGCGGCAUUGGAUGAGAGAGAAAACCCAAUGAGCAGUUUUUCUUCAUCAACCUCCAUAGCUCAUACUUGUGGUACUCCUGAUCAAUUGAACUACCAACCAUCGGUUUUUUCUCACUACUAUGCGGACCACGCAACUCUCAAUUUAUCGAACAGUUCGUUGCGUUAUCCAAUCGAAAUGGCGACCGAGAAUCUCUACUCGAAAACAGAACAACAGAUGGAUGCAUGGGAUUAUCUGUAUGGAUCAAAUAUUUACAUGAGUGGUAACAAUGACAGUGGGAGCAAUGGAGAUGAUAACAAUGUUAGAGAGAGUAAUAGUACCAUGUGGAGUGAUUUUGGUUCUUGCACCUCUUCAUAUUUAUUUGAUGAAGGCUACCAGGGUGUGCUAGAGUCCAAGUAUCAGGCUUCUACGUAAGGGGACGAGAGAGAAUGGAAGGUGUAAAUGAAGGUUGUAUAUUGUAGGAGAAUUGGUGGAGUGGGAUUUUUUUUGUUUUUUGGGUUGAGUUUAGUGUUAGGAGUCGAACUUGAGAUAUAAUACUGCUAAACGUUAGCUUCUAACCACUCAAGCCGUAGCCCGAUUCGUAAUUGGUGGAGUGGGAUUCGCAGGACUCGAAACAAUAACCCAAUCUCUGAUUGGUUUGUUUGAUCUAUCUAUCUGAUCACCUACUCUUUCUCUCUCCAUCUCUCUCUCUCAUGUUUAGCUUAAAUAUAAAUCUGAUGGACUGGUCUACAUUGGGUUUCUUCUCUGAGGUUUGGAUUUCUUGGGUUCCAAUAAAACGUUUUU